ACUGUUGACACAGAGAGAGAGAGAGAGAGAGAGAGAGAGAGAGAGAAUAAAUACCAUGAGCUUUCUGCUGCAAAUUCUUCUUGCUUUGAUCAUAUCUGUCCUUGGGGGACUUUAUCUCCUCGGAGCCUUCCGCCGUCAAAGACCUGGAGAACCUCCUCUGGAUAAAGGUCUUCUGCCAUGGCUGGGACAUGUUCUGGAGUUCAGAAGGGACACAGCAAAAUUUCUUGAGAGGAUGAGAAAGAAGCACGGGGAUAUUUUCACUGUGCAGCUGGGAGGGUUUUACUUCACCUUCCUCAUGGACCCACUGUCCUUCGGCUCGGUGGUUAAAGAGGCCCGGGCCAAACUGGACUUUAAUCAAUUUGCUAGGCACCUGGUCCAACGUGUUUUUGGCUACCAUCCCUUAGUAGAAGAUCACAAGCUCAUACAAACAUCCAGCAACAAGCAUCUGAUGGGUGAUGGGCUGGUGAUGAUGACACAAGCCAUGAUGGCCAAUCUGCAGAACCUCAUGUUGCACAGUAUUGCAUCUGGAAAUGGUGAUGACAGGCCAUGGCAGGAGGAUGGGCUUUUUGCUUACUGCUAUAACAUCGUGUUCCGUGCAGGGUACCUGGCACUUUUUGGAAAUGAGGUAGCCAAGACCCCAGAAAGUGUGAACAAAGCAAAGGAAGUUGACCGAAAGGAGUCAGAUGAGCUCUUUUAUGAGUUUCGUAAAUAUGAUCAACUUUUCCCAAAACUGGCCUACGGAGUUCUGAGACCUUCUGAGAAAAUGGAAGCAGAGAGGCUGAAGAGGCUUUUCUGGAAUGUUCUUGCUGUGGAGAAGGUGAAGAAAAAAGAGAACAUUAGUGACUGGGUGUCUGAAUCACAGCAGAUGCGUUCUGAGCGUGGAAUGCAUGAGUCCAUGCAGGACAGACACAUGUUCCUGCUCCUGUGGGCAUCCCAAGGUAACACUGGUCCUGCAUCAUUCUGGCUUCUUCUCUUCCUUAUGAAGCACCCAGAGGCUAUGAAGGCGGUGAAAAAUGAGAUCGAUGAUGUUCUGCGUGAAACUGGACAAGAGGUGAAGCGUGGUGGCCCACUGAUUAACUUGACUCGAGACAUGCUCCUCAAUACCCCGGUUCUGGACAGUGCUGUGGAUGAGAGCCUGCGCAUGACAGCUGCUCCUGUGCUUAUACGAGCCGUAAUCGAGGACAUGAGCCUGAAAAUGGACAAUGGGCAUGAAUACAAGAUCCGCAAAGGUGACCGUGUGGCCCUCUUCCCCUAUACUGCUGUCCAGAUGGACCCUGAGAUUCACCCUGAUCCACACACCUUCAAAUACAACCGCUUCCUCAUGCCGGAUGGCAGAAAAAAGACUGAAUUCUACAAACAAGGAAGGAAAGUGAAGUACUACAACAUGCCAUGGGGUGCCGGGGUCAGCAUGUGUCCCGGGAGGUUCUUCGCCACCAAUGAGCUCAAGCAGUUCAUCUUCCUCAUGCUCACCUAUUUUGAGUUUGAGUUGAAGAACCCAGAUGAAGAGAUCCCAGACAUCGAUGUGAGGAGGUUUGGAUUCGGGACGAUGCAGCCAACACGGGAGAUCCCAUUCCGAUACAGGAUCCGGUUUUAAACAACAAAAAUGGUCAAUCUAUUAAUCUUUUACACAUUACCUGCAUGCUAGACCAUUGUUUAUUACUAUUAUUAUUAUUUGGAUAAUUAUUAAUAGCUCUGCUUAUAAUUUGUGUGAAAGUGAGUUUUAUUUUGAUUUAUUGUAUGAACAGCACUUUCAGGUUUGGGAAGAAUAAAAUUAUUAUUAUUAU